AUGAAGCUGCUGUCCAGAAGGAUGCGUCGGAAUUAUGCUUUGGAUGCGUCCUCCACCUCCGGUGGCGAUGGGAAGCCCGUGCAAAAGGUCCGGGUGGCAGCGCCGGAGAAAGCAAUGGCUGCGCCCUCGAACUACGACGAGCUGCAGCGCAGGAGGCAGAUGAAGAAAGGGGUGACGGUCGAGGAGGAGGCGAGCCCAAUACCACCAACGUUGCUUGCAGCGGCUGAAUCUGGGAAGGAUCCUGAGGAGGUGGCUACGCGAACAAGCCAUUCCGACACGUUGGAGCAGGGUGACGAGGAACCACCUCGUCAGAGCCAACUCUUCAGUGGGGUGUUGAGGCGGCGGACACUGAACAAGUUUCGGAGCUGGCUCGGCAACUUUGUGACCCAGAAGAGCUUUGGGCCGGGCGUGUUAGAGGCCAUGGACGGAGGUUCUGAUGAGGAGGAGGAAAGCACCGAUCAGAAGGCGGUUGUCAACGACAUUUGGGCUCUGAAAAACCACUUCCUGGCGGCGUACCUGAAUGGGGAGUUGGAUAUCCUGGACAGGUGCCUGCAGGCCUGCGUGGACAAGCACGGUAAGGGAGCCUACCUUGCCAUUGCCAAGGAGCCCGGUGAGCUUACUUUGGAGGAAUGGCUGCAGAUGUAUUCCGCUCCAAAGAUGAUGAGGAAGCUGCAGGAGCUCCAUCAUGAGGUCUACGAGGAGGAGCAGCUGCGACGAGCUUUCACCCUGCUGCAGAACCUGACCGCCGGACCCAGGCUUCAACUGGGGGAAAGGCGUCCGGAGAUGGCGUCCACAAAGGGCCCGCGGCGUGUCCGGGGUCAGUCUUCUGGCAUGGUCAUCAUCUUCGCCGACUUCGAGGAGGGCGCUUCGCAGGUCCGAUGGGCCAAAGCCCUGGGCCAACGCCUGGUUCGAGGGACCGAGGCGGCGUCGUCUGGCAGAGAAAGCGUCAGGAACGCACUGACGGACACCGUUGCGAAGGCCCUGGACGGCCUCAGCCCCGUCUUGCGCUUGGCCCGGGCCGCGGCGCGCUGGGUGCAGCGAGGGCUCUUCGAGGAGGCUUCCAACGAGCUACGUCUCCUCUGGGCCCUUGCGGCCCUGGAACCCAAGGCAGCAGGUGCAGCUUUCUUCGAUGACAGGCGGCCAGCAGCUCGACACCUUGGCUUUGCAAUCCGCGUCGUGUGUCGUGCGAUCGUUGCAGACCAAGGCAGGCCACUUUCCGUGCAGAAGGCCGAGACGCUUUUUUUGGCCUUGCAGCUGUCCGCGGAGUUCUGUCGACACAGGAGGUUGCAGAUGCUCACCGAGAAGCGGGAGGAGGCAGAGAAGGAGGCCACUCUUCCGGGCGCUCCUCGUUUCCCAGCCUUGCCGAAGCUGGGGAAGGACCGUGUUGAGCAUAUCGAGCCCACAGACGAGGGAGAUGCUGCUCUACUCGAGUGCCUGCAGGCCAAGACGCUUAUCCUGGCCACUGCGGCGCUUUCGGCGCUGCUGCCCUGCGCUGCUGCCUGCGCAUCGGACAAGUCUGUGCAAGGCGAUGAUGAAGAGACCACCACCGAGACCCGUUGCCAAUUGGCCUCUCAGCUGCUGGCAGCAUCCUGGCGCAUCCUGGAUCAGGCCGGCCUUCCCGGUGCGGCGCAGCUGCGCCCAGCUCUCUGUGAGCUGGCCACCGCCGCAGGUAUCACCCGUCCGGCUGCCUUCAAGCAGGAUCAGGAAGCUUCCUUGGCUCUGCGUGCCGCGGCCGUGGCCAGUGGCAGUAGCGAGGUCAAGAUCUCGAAGUCACUGCUUCGGCCGGCCAGGGUGCCGCAUGCAGGGCUUUUGCAGAUCCUGGCGUCCGUCAAGGAGGAUGCGCCGAAGCCGGCGCGGAGCUUUGCUUUGGUGGCCAAACGGGGAAGGACCCACGAGCGACCGGUGCAGCCAAAGGCUACAGUCAUAGCGCAAGCACGCGCUGGACUGGAGAAGGUUACUUCGUGCGUGUCUGCCAAGGGCGAGGAGACCGAGCAGCUCUUGCGUUGCGCAGUGCUCUACGGCGGCCCCUUUCUGGCAGACAGGCUGUCAAGAGAUCUCCCCGAGUGCCAGGAGCCAGCGCGGUGUCUGUUCGAAAAACUGCGGCCAGUGCUGCAGAGGGAGGUUGGUGAUGCUGUGCAGGUCCAGGACGGAGGAGUUUCGGUCACGCCGGUGGAGGGGCGGACGCGCAGGAAGGCGCAGAUCGCCGGGAAUUCCAGCCGACUCGCGGAGCUGCGCGAGGUUCGGCGGUCCUGGGAUGCCGAGACGGAGAUGCAGUGGCAGCAGCUGUCGCAGCUGACGGCGGAUCUGGACGAGACCGACGACGAUGAGUAUCUGGACGAAUCGGAGGAUGAAAUGCCUUAG